GUCGUUAAUAUCUGUGUUGUAAAACGUGAACGUGAGGAACCGAAAUGAAUUCGCUGCCGAACGUAAAAGUAUGUCAAUGUCUUGUGGCACCGGAAUAAUAUGUCAUUGUUCAAUAUUUUGCUAAAUAUCAUACUUUCAACGGGUGAUUGUAGGCUAAAAUCUCGGCCAACUAACCAACAAUGGCAAUGGAGAAGACAUCAAAAGACCCGAACGAAACGCCGAUAAUAAAAGCCAAAAGUAAUGCACUGAUACGCACCAUAACCGCCAUCUCCCUCCUAUCGUACUUCGCAAUCGUCGUAUACGUAGGAGUCCCUUUAAUCCUGCUCAACGCUUUGAUCAUCCAAAUUAAAUGUUUCGAUGAAGUAAUCACCAUCGCAUACAACAUGAAGAAGAUACCGGACAUUCCUUGUUUCCGAACGCUGAAUUGGUAUUUCGUGAUCGUGGCCAACUAUUUCUUCUCUGGAGAAACCUUCGCUCAGCAUUUCGAGCCGUACGUCAGAAAGUACUACGCCCUCCACGUAUUGGUUGCGUAUCACAGAUUCUUCUCUUUCUGCUGGUACUUUGCUGGGGUCAUCUGGUUCCUGUCCAUGUUGAAGCAGAAGCUGAUCCAGGAACAGUUCAGUUUAUUCUUCUGGACUCACUUCCUUAUCAUCAUCAUCAGCUUACAGACCUAUUCGCUCAUCCAAACCAUGUUCGAAGGGUUGAUUUGGGUCGUCAUGAGUAUAUGUCUCAUUACACUGAACGAUAUAUUCGCCUACAUUUUCGGAAAAUUCUUCGGGAAGACUCCGCUUAUUCUUUUGUCGCCCAAAAAGACGGUAGAAGGGUACAUAUUAGGUGGAGCUAGUACAUUCGUAUUCGGGGCUGUGCUAGCUUACAUAUUCUGUCACUUACAGUUUCUAGUUUGUUCUCCAAACUAUGUUGGAGAUAGUUUCGUACUGGAUACGAACUGUACGCGAAGUUACCUCUUCAAAGUAAGAGAGUAUUCAAUAGGCAACACUGGUUAUUUCUUCAGUGUAUACCCUUUUAUUUUACAUUCCUUAUCCAUGUCAGUAUUUGCCAGCAUCAUAGCUCCUUUUGGAGGAUUUUGUGCGUCUGGUUUCAAGAGGGCUGUGAAAGUCAAGGAUUUUGGCAAUCUACUUCCUGGACAUGGCGGAUUCAUGGAUAGAUUUGAUUGUCUUUUCCUCAUGGCAACAUUCGUUAAUGCUUACAUCAACGCCUUCAUCAGAAGCCCUGAUGUCGACAAGAUAUUUCAAAGAAUACUGAGUCUUGGUGAAGAAGGUCAGAUAGAGUUCUACCACUUACUGAAAGGGUCAUUGAAUGAUGAAGGCAUAUUAAAUGGCUAAUUUAGACAUCUGUAAGUGUGGAUUUCAUCGAUAUGUCAAGUGCAUAUAAUUAUUUGGAAACUAUUUAUUUGGUUAAUUCAGCCAUGUUAGUUGUUAUACUUAUAUAUUUGCUGUUGUUCCAUAAAAUGAAAUCAAAAUAUCAAUUCAACAUGCACUAUUCUGGUAUAUUUGAGUAUAUGUCUUCAUGUUUCACAAUACAGCUCCUAUAACAUUUUUCAACAUGUCUAAUAUUAGGUAUAUUGAUGAUAGUAAUAAUGGAGGUUACCAGAAGGAACUUCAUAUGAACUGGUAUAUAUUAGUCAGAAUAUUCAUAUUAUAUUUAAUUCAUGUAACAAAUUUAUUUCUAUGAAAUUAAAUUUUAUAAACCUACUAUACAUUCAGUUAAUUGUUUCGAAUUAUUUUUUUCAACUCAAUUAUGAGAGUUAUACCGAUCAACAGAGACAUUUUAAAUAAAAUAUUAAUUAAGAUUUG